ACCAUGGCACCGCUGAAUGCAGCCUCGGCGGUCAGUCCUGCAGCUUUUAUACCUCUGCUCCUGCAAUCUGUGUUAAGAGGCCCUAGCUCAUACGCAGCAAGGCCGCCAUCGCCCGGCUGAGGGCUUACAAGCCGCCGCCGUUUUCUCUCUGGGACCGCCUCCCACUAAGCCGGCGUGCUGCCGUGCUCUUACUGCUGUAUGCCGACCGCCGGGGCGAUCUGCGCGUCGUCAUCACCAUGCGCGCUGCCAGUUUGCGGAGUUUCUCUGGCCACGCUGCCCUCCCGGGAGGUAAAGCCGACAGCCUAGACGAGACACCCUAUCAAAUCGCCCGCCGCGAAGCCUGGGAAGAAAUCGGUCUGCCCCUCGACGACAGCAAACUCCCGGCCCCCUUCCGCAUCGAACACCUCUGCUACCUGCCCAUGAGCCUUGCCCGAACCGAGCUCGUCGUCCGCCCCUGCGUCGCACUCCUCCACACAGGCGACACCACCACCACCCUCACUUCCCCCUCCUGUUCCUCCGCGCCAACAGUAGAGAAUUCCCUCAUCCCGCGCCUCGACGCCAAGGAGGUAGCAGCCGUCUUCUCGGCGCCCUUCCACAACUUCCUCAGGGCCACCGACGAGCAGCCGGGGCCUCACCUGCCGCCGGGGAUAUGGUACGAGGGCAGUUGGACGACGUGGCACGACUCACAGUGGCGCAUGCACUUCUUUUACGUGCCUGUGUCGGGCCAGAAAGUGGUCAAGCCCAGGGUCAGGGAGGGGGGGUUGGCUGCGCUGUCGGAGCAUGAUGGGGAGGGAGGAGUAGAGGACGGGGAGCCGGGGAGAUAUAAGGUCUGGGGUAUGACGGCUAGGAUACUGGUCGAUGCUGCCACUAUUGCGUACGGGGAGGAGCCCGAGUUCGAGCACAACCGGCAUUUUGGGGACGAGAAGAUGAUUGAGAUGCUGGCUGAGCAGGGGAGGUUGGGGGACAAAAAGAAGCAGGGCAGUGUCUUGUCGGACGAGGAGUCAAGGAAGGUCAAGGAGGCGGUCCAGGAGGGUGAGAGGGAGAAGGGCGAGCCAAGUAAGAUGUAGAUACCGUGUAUGACGGUUUCGGCUUUCCGGUUGGGUAUAUAUGGGUUGUGUAUACUGCAGGGUGGAGAUAGGGCAUAUAUCGUAAGAAUCUAUGAACAG